CUCCCGGCGCCGGCGCAUGCGUGCUGUGGGCGCUGGUGCGGGACAGCUGGCGCCGGCAGCUGCCCAGGGGCUGGAGGCGGCGGCCGCGGCGGCCCGGAGCGCGCCACGCUGCAGGGAGCCGCAGCAGCCGCCGCCCCCGCGAGGAAGAAAGCUCCGCCCCGCCGACGCUCCCUUCCUCACUUUUGGAAAUGGCGGGUGAAAUCACAGAGACCGGGGAGCUCUAUUCUCCCUACGUUGGACUGGUGUACAUGUUUAACCUCAUCGUGGGCACCGGCGCGCUCACCAUGCCCAAGGCCUUUGCCUCUGCCGGGUGGCUUGUCAGCCUCUUCCUGCUGGUGUUCCUGGGCUUCAUGAGCUUUGUGACGACGACCUUUGUGGUGGAGGCCAUGGCCGCGGCCAACGCGCAGCUCCGCUGGAAGAGGAUGGAGAACCGCCAGGAAGAAGACGACGACAGCUCCUCCACAGCCUCUGACAGUGACAGUCUCGUCCAGGACAGCUACGAGCGGGCAGAGAAACGGCCCAUCCUCUCUGUGCAGAGACGCGGAUCUCCGAACCUUUUUGAAAUCACAGACCGGGUGGAAAUGGGACAGAUGGCCUCCAUGUUCUUCAGUAAAGUGGGGGUCAACCUGUUCUACUUCUGCAUCAUCGUUUACCUGUACGGGGACCUGGCCAUCUACGCUGCCGCCGUGCCCUUCUCCCUCAUGCAGGUGUCCUGCAGCGCCACCGGCAACGACUCCUGCGGGGUGGAGGCCGACACCAAGUACAACGACACGGACCUGUGCUGGGGGCGCCUGCGCCGAGUGGACGUCUACCGCAUCUACUUGGCUGUCUUCACUCUCCUCCUGGGACCCUUCACCUUCUUUGACGUCCAGAAGACCAAGUACCUGCAGAUCCUGACCUCCCUGAUGCGAUGGGUCGCUUUCACCAUCAUGAUCGUGCUGGCCCUGGUCCGCAUCGGGCGUGGGCACGGGGAGGGGCACCCGCCCCUGGCCGACCUCUCGGGGGUCCGGAACCUGUUCGGGGUGUGCGUGUACUCCUUCAUGUGCCAGCACUCCCUGCCGUCCCUCCUCACGCCCGUCUCCUCCAAGCGCCACCUCACGCGCCUCGUCUUCCUGGACUACGUGCUGAUCCUGGCCUUCUACAGCCUGCUCUGCUUCACCGCCAUCUUCUGCUUCCGCGGCGACAGCCUCCUGGACAUGUACACCCUCAACUUCGCGCGCUGCGACAUCGUGAGCGCGGCCGCCGUGCGCUUCUUCCUGGGCCUCUUCCCCGUCUUCACCAUCAGCACCAACUUCCCCAUCAUCGCCGUGACGCUGCGCAACAACUGGAAGACGCUCUUCCACCGCGAGGGCGGCACGUACCCCUGGGUGGUGGACCGCGUGGUGUUCCCCACCAUCACCCUGGUGCCCCCCGUGCUGGUGGCCUUCUGCACCCACGACCUGGAGUCCCUGGUGGGCAUCACGGGGGCCUACGCAGGCACGGGCAUCCAGUACGUGAUCCCCGCCUUCCUGGUGUACCUCUGCCGCAGGGACACCCAGCUGGCCCUGGGCCCGCGGGCCGCCAACCAGCACCGGUCCCCGUUCCACCACACCUUCUGGGUGGGCUUCGUGCUGCUCUGGGCCUUCUCCUGCUUCCUCUUCGUCACCGCCAACAUCGUCCUCAGCGAGACCAAGAUCUGAUGGGGGGCGCGAUGCCGACGAGACGGGUGGGGGCCCCGCCUCGUCCCGCCGGCCGCAGAGACCGCGGCUGGCUGCCUCCCAGGUCUCCACGGGCACAUGCGGCCGGGCUCUGGGAGGGGACCCUGCACAGCUAGCUGGGAUCUUGUCCCCACCCCGGCUUCCUCCCACCCAGCCUGCACCUCGCCGCACGAGGCUCUCCCAGACUCCAGGACCGGCUCCCGGAAUCAACCCCCCGCUUUACGCACACGCCCCCUCACCCCACCAUGGGGCGGGCUCCUCUCCCUGCUCCUGGAGACGCAGCGCUGGUACUGCCACUAUUUAUACUGGUCACCGUGUCCCCCACUCCUCCCGGCCCUCCGGCACCCUGGUCUGGGAGACCCACUUCGUAGACGCUGCCUCCUCAGGAUGAACCCCGGGCCCCAGCUCCCCUCCCCGCUGGGCCUGCCAGUGACGCCUCCGGGAGGGCCUGGCCUGCCCUGACGGCAAGAACAGGAGGUGCUAAUGGGCACCAGGGUCCUCAGACCAGGGCUGUGAGGGCCCUGCUGUGGGCGCCGGCUCCUGCGCGGGGCUCCUGAGCCGUGACAGCAUGGAGCAGCCCUCCCACAGGCACGGCUGUGCCCCCUGGAAGGGUCCUGCUGGGGCUCUCGGGCCUCCUGCAGUGCGGGGGGGCGGGGGGCAGUGUAUAAGGGCCGGUAACGGGGAGCUAGCCCCACCCACCGCGGCUGCGCCGUGGGAGUGCCACGGCCUGUAGCAGUGUGUGGCCCUGCGGUUCACCCCGAAGGCAGUCAGCCUGCUCCGGCUCUGGCACUGACGGGGCCUGUCCGCCGGGCUGUGGGUGCUCAGUGCUCACACACUGCGUGUCCCUGGGGCGCCAUGGGGUGAGUUGGAGCACAGGCCACCGUUCCCACGGAGGGAGGGCCGGGUUCCCACCCACCUUCCAGCUCUCCCGUAACCCCGCCCGCCACCAUCAUGCACGCACCUCCGGGCAGCCUUCCCGGGAGCAGGUGACGGAUGAACUCUGCGUUUCGAUGUGCCUUCUGCUUCAGCCUGGGUUCCUCUCUGACCCUCCUGCUGCCCCAGCCCCGGGCCUGCCCUCGCCUGUCCCGGAGCCCCGACAGGAGCUGCCUCUGAGCUGGGCUCUCAGGCCCCUGCCCUCCGUCCUGAUUUCAGUGCCUUGCUCAGCCCUCAGGAGGGAACUGCUGCUGCCUCCCCCACAUUGCACCAGCUUUGUAUCUUGGACAGAGUGGCGACACUGGGUGUCCUGGGGCCCGAGGGGGUCUCGGGGGGCGGAAGGACACGUGGGACUUGCAGGAACGUGGGCGUCCACGGGCAGCACUGUCCCCCACCUUCGGCCCCAACCUGCGAGAACCCUGUGACCCACUUUCUCACUGUGGUCCCACGUCUUCCGUUCUCCUCUUGUCCCCAUGCGUCAUCGUUUUCCGUUCACCUCCAUCUGCCGUUGUGGCUUCUUUCCCGGAGGCCCGGCCUGAGGGGCAGAGCAGGGAGCGCCGUGAGGUCGGCCAGCCCUGGAGGUGCCGGGCCCCCUGGAGCUGCCCCACCGCUGACAACUCGAUUAAAACGUCUGCACUUGC